AUGGCGGCUCUGUGGCUCCAGUCUGUGUCUCUACUGGUCUUACUGGUUGUAUCGUGGCCCGGCUCCCAGGCCGCCGCCGGCCCUCAGCACCUGUGUGGCUCUCACCUGGUCGACGCUCUCUACCUGGUCUGUGGGGAGCGAGGCUUCUUCUACAACCCCAAGAGAGACGUCGACCCUCUGCAGGGUUUCCUCCCCCCUAAGGCGGGCGGUGCUGCAGGUGCAGGCGGCCAAAACGAGGUUGCCGAGUUCGCCUACAAGGACCAGAUGGAGAUGAUGGUGAAGCGAGGCAUCGUGGAGCAAUGCUGCCACAAACCCUGCAACAUCUUCGACCUGCAGAACUACUGCAACUGA